GUAAGAUUUUGCCAUUGGUUACUGGUACGGAAAAGGCCAAAAUAGGUAGAUUUUUCUAGCGUUUCUGCUGAACUAAUGUGGUCCUGCUGCCCCACUUCGAACUGGAGGGAACGACUUAAAUCCUUCAAUCCCCCGUUGCAAUUGUGUCUAGUAUCCCGGCUACUACCCAUAUCCCUCUCUUCCCAGCAAAAGCAAAAUCAACUCGGAAUCAUCAACUAUGUCCUGCGAAAAUUGCAAGACGGGCUUCAAGUGGAACGGAACACCCACCGGCAAAGAGUCCACCCUAAACAAUGCCAAAGCCUACGUAGCUGGCGAUUCCAAGGAGGCAGCUAUCGUCAUCAUCACAGAUAUCUUCGGUUGGACGCUUCCUAACAUCCGUAUACUGGCCGACCACUACGCCAAAGAAGCCAAUGCUACGGUUUACGUUCCCGACAUCUUUGAUGGCGAAGUCGUAGACCCGGACGCGCUCUCCGACCCCGAAAAGGCCAAGAACUUCGACCUUGGGGCUUUCCUAAACCGCCACAACAAGGAAGCCCGCUGGCCAGAAAUCAAAGCUGCGGCGCAAACACUCAAGUCGCAGUACUCCAAAGUCAUUGCCAUAGGAUUCUGCUAUGGUGCCUGGGCCUGCUUGAAGCUCGCUGCCGACCCCUCCCUGAUUGACGCUAUCUCCGUCGCGCAUCCGUCUAUGCUCGAAAAGUCUGAGAUUGACAGCAUCAAGGUGCCGAUACAGGUCAUUGCGCCGGAGAACGACUUUAUGUUUACAGACGAGUUGAAGAAGUACACUCUGGAUGCCCUGCCGAAGACGGGUGUGCAGUGGGAGUAUGUGUAUUUCCCAGGCCUUCAACAUGGGUUUGCGGCGCGUGGAAAUCCAAACGAUCCGAAGCAAAAGGCAGGGUUGGAGAGGGCAAAGAGGAGUGCAGUUAACUUCUUCAAUGAGUUCCUGCACUAGAGCCGGUAUGUGCGGUGACAAGAAUUUGUGUCACAAGGACGUGACAUGGACAGUAUACACAAGCUCAACUAUUUAGUUUGAAUCUAGUUCAUUGACUCUACUGCUUAUCACUACUAGUUACGCAC